AUGAAUAACAACAAACGAAAAUCAACGUUUAAUUAUUCUUAUUAUCAAGAUAUAAAAAAAUCCAACAUCGAUCAACAAAUAAUGUCGAUCGACAAUUUAUCUAAUGAAAUCUUCUAUGAAAUAUUUGAUUAUCUUGAUGCUUGUGAAAUCUAUCAUGCAUUUUCUAAUCUUAAUCAUCGUUUUCAACAACUUCUAUAUUCUUCAUCACUGUUAUUUAAAAUUGAAUUACAUUAUCGAACACCGAAAGAAAUAUUUCUAAAUAAUUAUAAAUCAUUGAUACGUUUCCAUCAACAUCAAAUAAUUUCCAUUCAUUUAACAUAUUCUAUCAACGUCAAUACAAUUAUUUCAUCGAUGAUUAGAAAUUCAUUAUUUAAUCAUCUUGAAUCUAUUCGUUUGCACGGCGUCAGUCCAAACAUACUUUCAAGAUUUCUUAAGAAGUGUAUUUCUUUACCUCGUCUUUUCUUAUUACGAAUUGAUACAUCAAAUUCUCUAAAAGAUCUAAAUAAUAUCUAUAAAUUAGUUUUUAAUUUACCAAAAUUAAAAUCUCUUGAAAUCACAGCACAUGGUUUCAACAAAUUCAAUAUAAAAACCUCGUUAUCAAUGGCAACUGCUAAACAAUUCAGUCCAAUUAAAAGUCUUAUGAUUGAUCAUUCUUGUACUUUCAAAGAAUGUUCUACUAUUAUUUCUUAUACACCUCAACUUCGUAAUCUAAGUGUUUCACAUUUAUUAAUGGACGAUAAUCCAAAAAAAGGAAUUCAUUUACCAAUGAUAUUAUCAAAUUUAACAUAUCUAUUUAUAUGUGAAUAUGAUCUAGAUUUUGAUCAAUUUGAAAUGUUUAUUCGAAAAAUUGAUGCAAAAUUACAAUUUUUAUCAUUUAAUACUGAAUCUGAAGAUAUAAAUUAUCUUGAUGCUAAACGAUGGGAAAAAUUGAUUAUGAAAUAUUUACCUCAAUUAGAUAAAUUUUAUUUUCAAUAUCAUAUAUAUAGAGAUUAUGAAAAUGAAUAUCCAGUAUAUCGUGAUCAAUGUGAUCAAUUUAUUUCAUCAUUUUGGAUUGAUCGUCAAUGGUUAUUCAAUGCUGAUAUUGAUUAUGGCUUUAUUCUCUAUUCAAUUCAGCCAUACGAAAAACAAUGGUAUGAGUAUGAUUCACCACAAGGGAUGGUUAAUUCUUCUACUGAUUUAUCUAAAUGUAGUCAACUUAGUAUUAGAUCUAUUCCUGGUGAAUAUUUCGACUUAUUCUUGACAGAUGUUACUCGUGUAUUAAAUAUGGCGGAAAUAUAUCAUUUGGAAAUAACAGAAGAAAAUGUUUUUAGUGGUAUAUUGGUUGAAAUAGUUGAUUUAUUAGCUGAACUUCGUUCAUUAAAAAUUCAUUCAUUAUCAUUACGUGUACCAGAAGGAUUAUGUGUUGAAAAGUUUGAUGUUUUUGAUUUAUUAGAAAUUCCAAUUCAAAUUACGAAAGUUUAUCUUGAGAAGAUGAAUGAAAUUGAAGAAAUUUAUUUUCUUAUGACACUUUGUCCUGAUUUGACUUAUCUCAAAGUAGAUUCUAUAAAUAACAUGGAUAUUGAAUUAUUUUUUCGAAAUAUUUUAAUGAACAUUUCAUCUAAAUAUAAUGAACAUUUUCGUUCAAUGUGUAUUCGUAUUCCAACAGCAGAUGAUAAAAUGAUAAACAAGUUAGAAAAAAUGAUCAAUGUCAAGAAAUUAUUAAUUAAAUAUAAAAUUCAACGUAUAUCUGAAUGUAUUUAUUUACAAUGGAAUUGA